GAGAGAGAUAGAGGGAGAAAGAGAGAGAGAUAUGAGUAUAUGUGCGCGUUCAAUGAAGAGAAAGAUAGAGAGAAAAAGAAAGAGAAAGAGAUAGAAAGAGAGAGAAAGAAAGAGAGGAAAACAGUGAAUUCGAACACACGCUCCGCGUCCUGUCAGCCGCCUGUCGUCGCUCCACGGAUAGAGAUGAGUAGAUUGAACUUUCGGUACUCGGACGUUGAAGAUUCUUUGAAACCAUGGUUUAAACUCAAGCGAUUCGGGAAAGAAAGCACAACUCGAUGGUCCGUGACAGUGACGAGCCGUUUGAAAAAAUGUGAGUCUGGUAAAGCGGACGAGCUCGAUACGACAUCGACGAUAAUGGACGUCGCGCGUCCUCUGAGAAACGACUUUCGAUCUCGUCACUUUUUACCACCGACCACCAUGCGAUUCCUUCUUUCGCAUUGGCGGUUCUUCGAUCGAAAUGAAAAAAUAAUCGAAGGUAUUCCGUAGAGCUCGAACUCGUUCGACUACGUCGAUGUCCCUUUCGAAUGGUUAUGUGCGGUCUGUGAAUUUUCCUCUUUUCUUUUUUUAUUUUUUUUUUUGUCUCUGCUUAUUUCUUUCUCAUCGAUCUUAUUAUUAUAGGAAUAAGAAUUUUCUUUUCUCCUCGUUUUUUUUUUGUUUUUUAUUUUGCUUUUCGCAUUUUAUGAUAUUAUAGUAUGUAUCUUAUGAUAUAUAA